AUGGUUGCAGAGAACGGCACAGCGCCCUCUAACCUCUCUGAGGCACACAGCGGGCACAGAGGGGGGUUUCUCAGCUGUGUGGAGCAGGAGGAGAUCCUGAACCUGGGCUUCACCAUCGGCUCCUUCCUGCUCAGCGCCGCCACGCUCCCCCUCGGUCUUCUAAUGGACAAGUACGGACCAAGACCACUCCGCCUCAUCGGCAGUUCAUGUUUUGCAGCGUCCUGCGCGAUGAUCGCAACUGCUGCAUACAAACCAGAAGUUUUGUCGAUGCUCAUCUUUUUCGCCGUUUCCUUCAAUGGUUUCGGAGGAAUCUGUUUGACCUUCACUUCCCUCACGGUGUGUGUCUUGGAAAGCCCUGAGUCCCGUGUUGUUCCGAGGGACAGUCUAAAUAUUGCCGUGAGCCUGGACCAAUGGCAGGUCCGGGUCCCACCACACCCCCCUGGUCCCGUCCACAUGGUCCACAUUCUCAGCCUUAUCUCUGGUGUUUGUAAAUAG